CGCGCGUACAAUCCGACGGCGCAGCCCCGACGAGGUGUCCCUGCGCCGUGACGCUUCUUUUCCUGGCCGCGCUAGAUCGUAGGCGAGGCAGGCAUCCCCCCUCGCGCGCCCACUCGCCCGCUGUCCUCCUCGCGCCCCCAUACCGCCCGUUCCGUCCCCAAAUCCGAUUGCCCCCCGCAACCGAAGAGCUCAACUUCCCCACGCCUCUCUCUCUCUCUCCUCCCCUCCUCCGAUCAUUCACCGCCGGCGACGCCGCGGACCGUAGCAUCGAUUCGCUCCCCCGCGGCCCGAAUCUAGGGUUUCCCGCCGCCGGAUCACGCCGGGAGGCCACGAUGCUGCCGUGCGCGCGGUCGAUGCUUCGGAGAAGGGGGCUGGCCCUCCUGCGGGGCUGCGCGGAGGGCGAAUGCGGCCGGAGGGAGGCGCUCGCCAAUGCCAGGUGCGCGGCCACGUUGGCCGGGCUCGGCGACCGCGGGAUCGGACGGUGGGCCGAUCCACCGGCGCGCGCCAAGGCGCACCGGUUGAACGGGGGGUGGCCAGCUGGAACGCAGACGAGGUGCUUCCUCGGGUGCGGCGACGGGGAGGAGGGGAGCGUGCUUUCCAAGGUCUAUGAGGAGAGGCGCGUGAUGGGGUACUCACCGGAGCAGAUGUAUGCCGUUGUCGCGGCGGUUGACCUCUACGAGGAUUUUGUGCCUUGGUGCCAGCGGUCGAGGGUUGUCAGGCGGUAUGACAACGGUUCGUUUGAUGCUGAGCUCGAAAUUGGAUUCAAGUUCCUUGUCGAAAGCUAUGUGUCUCAUGUGGAGAUGGAGAAGCCAAAGUAUAUCAAGACAACAGCUUCUCAAAGUGGACUUUUUGAUCAUUUGAUAAACGUUUGGGAAUUCAAGCCUGGUCCAAUUCCUGGAACCUGUGACCUCUACUUCUUGGUUGAUUUUAAGUUUCAGUCACCCUUAUAUCGUCAGGUUGCAUCCAUGUUCUUCAAGGAAGUUGUUUCUCGACUCGUGGGCUCAUUUAGUGACCGUUGUUUUAGAAUUUAUGGACCUGCUGUUCCUGUGCUGGAAAAUACUCACGGGCAAGGAAGAUAAACCAGCAUAAUCUAAUUUUGAAGGAUAUGCUCUUCAUGAUAACUUGUCUCAGCAAAUCGUAAAACAGAGGAUACCUGGCAGACGAUGCAUAACCCUUCAUGUGCGAUGUCACAGUACUACUAUACUAGGCAAGAGGUCUCGAUGGUGAUCAGCCAAAAUUUUCAUUCUUUGGCUACUUCUCAGUUUGCUUUUCAUGUAUUACUAGCUUGCCACCCAUGUGUGCAAUGACAUGGCGAUACACACACUCGAUUGUUUAUCUGGUCAAUGGAAUCUUGCCGGAUACUUUUGUUCAAAAA